AUGGUGCCUCGCCGUAGACUAGGCACUCAACCGGAACAACCGAAUCAAGGGUUCUUGGAUGCCAUGUAUGCUACCUUUCAAGGCAUGGCCACUAGAGCUCGGAAUGAGCGACCGGCUGAGGAUCCGAAACAAGGGUAUUUUCGGGAAUUCAGGCGAGCGCCUAUUCCCUCAUUUAAUAGUGAGGGAGGACCCCAGGAAGUGGAGUUCUGGAUUGACUCCAUGGUCAAGCACUUGAGUACUAUGGGAGUCCCAGAUGAAUACUGGGUGGAAUUUGCGGUAUACAAGAUGGAAGGGUUAGCAAACACUUGGUGGAAACAGGUCAAGAGGAGAAUGGAUGUCGUAGGGAUGACCUGGGAGCAGUUUGAGGUGCUGUUCAAUGACCAGUACUUCCCUCAGAGUUACAGGGAAGAAAAAGCACUGGAAUUCAUGUCGCUGCAGCAAGGUGACAUGUCUGUGAGGGAAUAUGAGGCUAAGUUUAAUGACCUAUCCCGGUUUGCGCCAUCUCUAGUGGAGUCUGAACACAUGAGAUGUCUUAAGUUUGAGAGGGGCCUCAAGAACUCUGUGAGGAGAUCCUUGGUGUCUUUAAGACUUCGGAACUUCCGGGGUUUGGUAGCUGCUGCUACUUCAUGUCGCUGCAGCAAGGUGACAUGUCUGUGA